CUAAAUGUCGCCCCACUCAAUACGCCGCUCAGAAACAGAUUGCAGACUGUUGGAGUUAUCUGGCACACUAUCAGCAUUCCGUCUUUUGUAUGUCUCUUUCUCUUGUUUGUCUCACUAGGGUGGAUCCUGUGGUUGACAGUAGUGUUUCCCUACUUUGUAUGGUGGUACGGCUUUGAUCUCCACACACCGACAAAUGGUAAAGUAGUCUAUAGAGUCCGAGAUUGGAUGCGCAACUUCAUCAUCUGGGAGUGGUUCGUUAACUAUUUCCCCAUUGUAGUACACAAGACUGUGGAUCUAGAACCGACCUUUUCUGAAGUUGAAGUCGUAGAAGACGACGAGACAGACGACGAAGAAGACUUGAUAUCCGAAGAUUCGCGUACUCUUAUAGAUAAGAUCUUUAAAGGACGGGUUUCGACUGGGCCACGGUAUAUCUUUGGCUAUCAUCCUCAUGGAGUCAUUUCUAUGGGUGUAAUGGGUACUUUUGCAACCAAUGCUGUGAGAAAUGAGCCUUAUCAACCUCCUUUGAAGAUCCUCAAACCCUUUUUCCAUGAUCCUUCUCAAGGUGAACGAAUCUUCGCUGGAAUCGGAAAUAUAUUUCCAUUGACACUCACAACCCAGUUUACCUUGCCAUUCUAUAGAGACUAUCUUUUGGGUUUGGGGCUCACCAGUGCCUCUGCAAAAAACAUCAAGAGUCUCAUCAAUAACGGGGAUAACUCCGUAUGCAUAGUGGUAGGUGGAGCCCAGGAAUCGCUUUUGAAUAAUAUGGUCUCAGAAAGUAAAAGGCAAAUAAAAUUGGUUCUCCAUAAAAGAAAAGGUUUUGUAAAGCUAGCCAUUGAACUUGGAAAUGUAUCUUUAGUACCAAUCUUUGCCUUCGGAGAGGCUGACAUCUACAAGUUGACAAUUCCCGAGCCAGGUUCACUAGGCUAUGCAUUCCAGCAAUGGAUGAAAAAAACGUUUCUGUUCACCGUACCAUUUUUCAGUGCUCGUGGUGUGUUUAUCUACGAUUUCGGUUUCUUACCAUUUAGAAACCCUAUCAACGUCUGCGUAGGAAGACCCAUUCAUAUUCCACAAGUCAAAACCAAAAUGCCUCCAGAACUAUUGGACCAUUACCAUAAAUUGUAUGUCGACGAGCUUAAACGGGUGUACGAAGAAAACAAGUGCAAAUACGGCUAUGAAGACGUCGAACUCAAUAUUAUUGAAUAA